UCUGUGGUAAUAUGUCAUCUGUGGAGUGUGGUGUACACUGAAGCCCGAAAAGUGAAAACAGAAAUCGGACUUCGAAGUUCGAAAUAUAUGUAUGUAACUUGUAAGCCGGCUUGAAGAAGUGUGUAUAGUUUGAUAUUUAAAAAGCAACCGUGAAGUAUGGCUGAUAAGAAAGAUGGUGUUGAGCCCGAAGAAGAGUUUUCUGUAGAAAAAGUGUUGGACAGACGUAUAAGGAAUGGCAAGGUUGAAUACUAUUUAAAAUGGAAAGGUUACAGUGAUGCUGAUAACACAUGGGAGCCUGAAGAAAAUUUGGACUGUCCGGAUUUAAUUCAGACUUUUGAAGAAGCAAGAAAGAAAAAGGAAGCAGAAGGAAAAGGUGCAAUGAAAAUCGACAAAGAUACAAAGAAGAGGAAAUCUGCUGCUACACCCGACUUAAAAGGAGCUAAAAAGAGUAAAAGUGAUGACAAAAAACCAUCUGGUUUUGAUCGAGGUCUAGAACCAGAAAAGAUAAUUGGAGCUACUGACAGUAGUGGGGAGUUGAUGUUUCUUAUGAAGUGGCAAGGCACUGAUGAAGCAGAUCUUGUACCAGCUAAGCAAGCUAAUGUUCGAUGCCCACAAGUUGUGAUUCAGUUCUAUGAAGAAAGGCUAACAUGGCACACUCCAGCACCAGAUGAGGGCAAUAAUGAUGAAUAGAUUUCGGCAUAAAAGAGGUCAUUAAAAUUAAAAUUUGAAUAAAGAAUUUAUUUUUAAGUUGAACUUUUGAACCUAGGUUUAAGUUCUCUGUGACAAAAAUAUUUUUAUAUAAAAGAUAUCAUGUGGUGAUCUGCAUUCAUUUAGGGUAUUUUACUGGUGUAGAAUACAAGGUAGGCAUAAUGUGUUAUCACAAAAUUAUUUACCACUAUCUUUUGUUUCUAAUAGUCCAAGAUCCCAGAGCGUUCUGACAUAACUUAUUUUCACAUGGAUGAAACCUUCACGAAUUAGUAACGUCUAGUAUCUGAGAUCUUACUGAAAUAAGGAUGCAAAAAUCUUGGAUUGAAAUUAAUAAGUAUUUUCAAUACAUUUCAAUUUUUUACUCUGAGACGCAUGCGCAUAGUGCUCUCGCACUCGCACUCCAGGCUGAAUAAUUUUGUGUUAAGGGCAUGUGUGGUCACUCGAAUUUGUCUGGCUGAUGAAAUAUAACUUUGUAGUAGUGACUUGAAUAAUAUAUUUAAAAGGCAGACAUGAAAAAAUAAGUAAAGUUCAUUAAUUUUUUGUCGAGCUUUAAAGCGUUUGCCAAAAGCUCUGGUCCAUGAAAAGUGUCUGGCACUUUAUAAUUCUAGUUUAGAAUAAUAUUCUACAAAAUAUAUAUAAAAUUCAGCCAUACAAAUUUAAGUUAGAUAACUCAUAUUUUUUGUUACCUUUCUCACCUGGUACCUGCCCAGGUGUCACAGAGCAAGCUCCACAAGUCGGCAGGUAUUUAAAGUAUACUAGAUGUUACUAAUUCGUGAAGGUUUCAUCCAUGUGAAAAUAAGUUAUGUCAGAACGCUCUGGGAUCUUACUCUAUAAAAGUUGCCUAUCCCAUUUACACAUUCAUUCUUUGGAUUAGAUAUGAAUAAUUAUUAAGUGAAUUAAAAUAAACAGACCUGCCUGUUGCUUUUUGCAACUCAAUAUCCAUGUUAGAUUUUGACAGGUGUAUAGUGAAGGUGACAUUGUGGUAGUUUUAAAUAUUUUACCCUAUAUCUGACAUGCGGUAUGAAUUUAACGUUAAUUAUUGGCUAAGCAUGUUGUAUUGUUUUCAAAAUAGUUUUAAGCAUUACUGUCACUUUUCAGAAUGUCUCAUAACUGGCAAUGUAGUUGAACACUGUAACAAACUAGUUUCAUAGACAUGGUGUAAGUCGUGACCUAAUCAUAUUGAUAAGUUCUUUAAAUGUUUGACUAUAUCUUGAAUGAAAAAUUUGAAAUGAGUUUGAUGCCAAUAUUCUAUUACUGAUUGAUACUGAUUUGAUAAUUUCAAAUAAAAGAAAAAACUCUGCCUUCUAACUUUGCCAAUAUUCUAUAACUUUAUUUGAGUUGAAAAUAAAAAAAAUACUACUUCGCCUUCUAAUCCGUUUUGAAUUCUCAUUAAACCAUAGUUAUAUCAACACCUCUGAGAGGAAAGUAUAUGAUUACUUCUACUAGCCAACGAUAACAGGAAAUGAUAAAUUUUAUGAUUGGGCCAUGACAGACAGUAUUUGCUACUAGAUUAAAAGUUGAUUUACGUUUUAGAAUGUAGAUCAUAGACUUAAGGUAGACUUUAAAAUAAAGGAUGGAAAACAUGAAUACAAUA